GUAUAAUACUUCACUGCUGUUCUGAAUGUGGCAAAGAGUUUUCUGAAAUGAGUAAUCUUCAGAGCCACAGAAGAAUUCACACAGAAGAAAAGCCGUAUUGUUGCCCUGAAUGUGGAAAACAAUUCACUUGCAGUGAUACUCUUCAGACUUGUAUUACAACUCGCACAGGAGAGAAGCCAUAUUGCUGUUCUGAAUGUGACAAACAGUUUUCAAAGGGAAGCAGCCUUCAGAGCCACCAAAGAAUCCACACAGGUGAAAAGCCAUAUGACUGCUUUGAAUGUGGUAAACAGUUUUCAGAAAGAAGCCAACUUCAGGGCCACAAAAUAAUUCACACAGGUGGGAAGCCAUAUUACUGUUCUGAAUGUGGUAAACAAUUCCCACGACGUAAUACUCUUCUGAGGCACAUUAAAACUCACUCAGGAGAGAAGCCAUAUUGCUGUUCUAAAUGUGGCAAGCAAUUUUCAAGAAGAAAUAACCUUUCGAUUCAUGAAAGAAUUCACACUGGAGAGAAGCCAUAUUGCUGCCCUGAGUGUGAAAAACAAUUCUCUUACAGUAGUAAUCUUCAGUCACACAUUAAAAUUCACACAGGCGAGAAGCCGUACUGUUGUUCUGAAUGUG